AUGCUGCGCACCCAAGCCAUGUAUAGCCUCAAGUCCUCAUGGGUCUCCUCCGCUCUCAAUCUUUUGAUGCUGGUGGACGGCGUCCAAGCGAGAUUCCCAACACCGCUGAAGGAUGCAGGGGCACAGCUCAAAACCGACGACGACACAGUCACUUUCGACCCACUCGGUGUCGCCGCGGUUCUCGGGAACCCGCGCGCGGACAAGAGCGCCGUCCGACUGUAUACACACUAUGGCCGCAGUCUUUUCCUGUGGCCCCACUUCACAAUGCUGGGAGGGACGCUGCCGCCGAUGCAAAUGCUGGUUGAGCACCUCACCGCCACCUUCAAACAUAUCCACCCGGCAAUCAAGACAUGCGCAAAGGAUACGACUCCUCUGGCGGUACGAUCGGACGUGUCGGGAAACGUCUUCAGUCAGCUGCCGUUGAACCAGAACAACUUCUGGCUGAAUGAUGUUGUCGCCUUUCGCACGUCUGAGAACCCAGCCCAUGACUUUGCCAUCGUUCUGGUCGAUGGAGACGACAAAUCAGAUGAGCAGAGGAAAAGUGAAGUCCAACUACGAAUUGGCGGCUUCUGGUGGCGGUUUGGCAAAUGGUCUUUAGAUCUGCUCUCCCUGAUCAAUGGGUCCAUGUUGUUGGUCGGCAUGGUAUUCAGUGUUCUGACAGCCGAUAUCUGGGGCUUCACUUUGUUCGUCAUUUAUAUCUGCCAUUGGCUCGCAUCGGUCUUAAUAUCGCUGUUUGCUAUGGUUGACACACAUGAGCCAAAAAUCAAAAAGGACAAAACCUGGAAGUAUGCGGUCUACGAGCGCGAGGAAGGUGGCACCGUCAUCUUCAAAGGAUACCAGGAGACUCUGGAACGGUGGGCCCGAUCAACUUGGGAAUACAAGCCAUCCUGGAAGAAGGAGUGUCUGCAUUGGCUUUGGGUCCUCACGGGAACGUUGUCGGGCAUCGCUUCCUGCGCCUGUAUGGUCAAUAUGCGCAGUGACCUGCAGCUGGGCUUUCUGGCGGUGUUGAUCUAUUCAUCACUUGCCGAAAUUGUUGCCACUAGAAUUGGUCGGACUCUACAGGAAAAGGCGCACGGGGAAAUAUCGAAAGCUGAAGUCUUGAACAAACCGUCUCGAACCGCGGCCAUUAUCCAUGCAACCCUGGGCGUGAUUCCGGGGUGCCGAUUGACCGGCUUGAACUGGAUUGAAAUGCGAUUGCUCCCCGCCUGGCCGUUAUUUCGAGACAUGCAAGAUCUGCUGAAAGAAAUUGGAGUGAUGCAAGAGAAUGGCAUGAUUCUUGCUGGAGAAUAUGGGCCGCCCGAUCCCCCGGUUAACACCGUGUGCACCAGCUUCGUGGAUGAAUACAAGGGCGACCCGCUGCACGGGCUGGCGAAGAGAAUACGCGACGAAAUAAUUGGAACCUUGUAUCCCCAAUAUUGCGAGAUGGGGUCGGAAAAAUAA